AUGACCCUCCGCGGUCGCUUUCCGAGUGACGUGUGGCCCGGGCGGAACCGCUUCUACUGUCGAGGCAGGUGCAUCAGUGGACCGGACCCCUGGGGUGCCCUGCUAACGUUUGCUCUGAUCGCUGUUGCCACGGGACUUUUUCUCGCGAUACCCGUUCCGUUUCUACUGGAAAACUAUGUUCGAACGGGAGUUGCUGUGCUAGCGACGACGCUGCCGCUUCUUGUGGUGACGCUAACGUCGUUCUUCCUGACGGUUUUCGACGACCCUGGUAUCCUGCCUCGCCAGAGCGUUGAUCUCUUUGCACGGAGAAUUCGGCGUAACGCGCCGCUUCUUCGGAAGAAGGAGGUGUAUUAUGACGGUCAACGCUUUGUCUUGAAAUACUGCGAGACCUGUCAGCUAUACCGACCACCGCGCUGCUCUCACUGCUCUUCGUGCAAUAACUGCGUCGAGCGCUUCGAUCAUCACUGCCCGUGGGUGAGCAACUGCGUGGGUUUGCGUAACUACCGCACGUUCUUCAUCUUCAUAUCAUCUUGUUUGGUGCUGUCGGGGCUCGUAGUGGCGUACACCAUUCUCUACCUGGUGGACGUGUCGAACCAGAAGGUAAGCAUCGGAGCAUCGUCGACUGGGUUUGCGGGCUUUGCCCGCUCGCUUUCGAACGGCCCUACCGCUGCGAGCCUGGUCUCCUUAAUCAUUGCCUUAUUUGGUGUGGUGUUUACGGGCGCGCUUACUGUUUUCCAUACGGUGCUUAUAUUCACGAACAAGACCACUGCUGAGUCCUUUAAGUACACGUUUCGGGGCCAUGCUAGUCCUUUUCAGCCGAAGGGUCUGAAAAAUCUGGCCAAGGUGUUGUGUUCGAGGAAGCCCCCGAGCAAAGUUAAGGUGAACGCCCAUAUUGACCCGAAGUUUCUUGAGAUGAUCCUCAUUGAUCCAAGAGAUCUCGAAGCGGCUGCCCAGAAUAUGGAACUCGAUUUGUCUUGGUAUCAUCCGCUGGAUUUGCAAAGAGCACCAGCGAGUUACAAGUAUGAUCGAGUGAUCUUGCCGGUACCGAAUUCUGCGCGGACGUCAGCCGUUCAACAACAAGGCGAAUAA